AUGCAAGCACUCCCACCCAUUUCUGAGAACAGUGUAGGCAGUCUGAUAACUCACAGGCUUCAAGCUGCUCGUAUAAAGUCGUUCCACUUUUGCAUACUUCCUCAUACUGCCAGUUUCUCUGUGAAGAUGAAGCUGCUUGUUUACUUAGUUUUGCUGAAGACAGUUCUCCUUGCUUUAACAAAUGUCUUUGCAGUUGUUUUAGAAGAUGAAGAGGAUGCUAAAGAAGGAAAAGUCACUGAGACUUGUCCUAUAAAGCUCAAAACUAAUCGGAAAUGUGAUGAGGGAGAGGAUUGUCCAUAUCAGAUAAAUCUGCCUCCGAUGACCAUCCAGUUACCUAAAGAAUUCAAACUGCUUGAGAAGACUCUCAAAGAAGUACAGACCCUUAAAGAAGCAGUAAACAAGCUGAAGAAAUGCUGCCAAGAUUGCAAGCUGCAGGCAGAUGACAACCAAGAAAGAGACAAUAGUAAUGAAUUUGUGUUACCUAAUGCAGAAAAUCCAUCAGAAAACAGCAAAAUCCAAGACAACAGAGUAAAGGAACUGCAAAGCAAAGUUAACAGAAUGUCAACCAGCUUAAAAAAUGCAAAGAGUCAGAUUCAGACACUGCAGGGUCGUUUAGAGAAGAUGAGUCUUAUAAAUAUGAACAAUGUAGAACAUUAUGUUGACAGCAAAGUGGCUAAUUUGACAUUUGUUGUGAACAGCCUUGAUAACAAAUGUUCUUCUAAAUGUCCAGCAAUGCAACCAAGACCUGUUACACAAAUAAUGCAGAGAGACUGUGCCGAUCAUUACACAGCAGGCAGAAGGAGUAGUGGAAUCUACAGGAUUAGCCCUGACCCUAGAAAUGAUAGCUUUGAAGUUUACUGUGACAUGCAGACACACGGAGGUGGCUGGACAAUGCUGCAAAGGCGUCAGGAUGGUAGCAUUAACUUCAACAGAACCUGGAACGACUACAAAAAUGGUUUUGGAAACCUCAGUAGGGAGUUUUGGCUAGGGAAUGACAAAAUCCACCUCCUGACAAGGAGCCAGGAAAUGCAACUGAGAAUUGAACUUGAAGACUUCCACGGUAUCAGAGAGUAUGCGAAAUAUGAACAUUUCUAUGUGGCAAAUGAAUAUCUGAAGUACCGCCUAAGCGUUCACGGCUACAGCGGCACAGCAGGAGAUGCCCUGCACUACAGUCGGCACUACAACCACGAUCAAAAGUUCUUUACAACUCCAGACAGGGACAAUGACAGGUAUCCAUCAGGAAACUGUGGAGCAUACUACAGCUCUGGGUGGUGGUUUGACGCGUGCUUGUCUGCCAACCUCAAUGGCAAGUACUACCACAAGAAAUACAAAGGCGUUCGCAACGGCAUUUUCUGGGGUACAUGGCAUGGUAUGUCUGAUGAUAUUCCCAGUGGAUAUAGGCAAGCCUUUAAAUCAGUAAAAAUCAUGAUCAGACCCAAAAGUUUUUUGCGGUAAUUCUACACUUUUCCCUUAACUAGUUUGCAUUGGAUUGCACUCAAAAUCACACUUACUCAGUAUUAUACUCCGAAUUCAAGUAUUCAGUUAUGUUUGGCAUAAAAUAGUUCUAGACAAAACAACAUACUUUCACAUAAAUUUGUAGAGAUGGUUUGUCCGAUGUAAUGUAUUAAAACCAGCAUGCAUAUUUCUGCAUAGUUAUUGCUAAAACUUAGCACAGGUCGAGUCUUUGUAUCAUUACGUAAAUAUUCUAAACCUUGCUUUUGGUGCUUUAAUUGACUGUGAUAUACCAGAUUUUGUGACUCAAAACUUUUAAAUGGUCUUCCACAAAUUGUGUCUGAAUGAACAUCUACAUUUUAACCUGAAAAUAACUCAGAAGUGUAUCUGAUAACAUAAAUUUGUCAACAUGUCAAAUGAAAAUUAGUCACUGAAACUUUAUGUAUUGUUCAUAACUUCAAAGGCAUAUCAAUAUAAAUUAGUAAAAUAACUAUGAAUUAUUAUUUUUAAAGGACUAUGAAACAUAGAGCACAUGGUUUGCCCAAAGGCAAAAAAAAAGCCUUGAAGAAAACUUAGAGGAUGAAGAUGAUUCCUCAAAUCUUAUCCCCUUUAUGAAAGAUUAUUCAAAGAAGUUGGUGAAGGAAUUGAAUAAAAGCAAGUGGAAAUAAUGUAGAGAGUAUGUAACAAGAGAACAUUUCUUGCUCAUUUUAGUUCCUCUGUUCAAGCUCAAGAUCCUAUUUGUCAUUCGUGUGAGAAAAGAACCAUUAUGUAGAGUAUUUCAGAUUUAUAUAGGCAGGUAGACAUGUAGGAAGAAGAUAACAUCAAAAAGAAUCCAUGUCUUUGCAUUAAUGCCUCUAAAUACAGCGUGAUUUUUGCUUUCUCCUGAAUCUUUUAGGUCAGUCAAAAGUUACAAGAUGACUCUUGUAGAGAUUCACACUGUCAUUUAAGUACUUGUCACUCUAGUGAUGAUUAGACUUUAAAUUUACACAACAGAUUAUAAAUACUUCCUAAGAUGUGAAAAAAAAUGUGUUCUCCCCAUUUCCUGAGUAACCCUUUUGUAGUCACAUGAACUCCUCACUGACAAUUAUAAACAGUAAAGAGUAUGCAAAAGAUUUUUUUUCCUUCCAAAAUGAACAAAUGAAACAAUCAAUUUUUCAAAUACUUCAAGAAGUGCAAAUUAGAGGUGUCUACUAUUAAAGCUCAUGCUGUAGAUAAGAAGCACAAAUCUGACUACACUUAUCUAUUGCCUAUCCUAGAAAGGACACCUCUCUGUAAUUACAAUGACUAACAUUCUGAGUGGAGAUGCAAUUUAUCUGAGCAAGAGGCUAUUUUGCAAUAUUGCCUAUGCCAAUCUUGAGAUACAGAUAAACUACUAAGAGUGUAUUUCUUUAUGACUUAAUGUGUGGUCUUUGCUGGUGUAGCCUUUUUGGUUAAACAAAGAGAAAAGUAUAUACUUGACCUAAUACUUCACAAACAUGAGCUUUACUGUUUUUUAAUAUGACGAGAACUAUCAUGGUUACGAGUUAAAGAAAUGAGCAACAGUGGCAAUGGCUAAAUUGUAAAAUAAUAUAUAUUUUAAGGAAGUAAAUACUUUGAAGGAUUUUUCAGUGUGAAGUGUAGUUUGGUUUAUUUAAUGUCAAUUUUAAAGAGUAAUGAAAAAAUUUAAGUGCAAGAAGUAUAAUCUUUGCUUGAGAACAUGUUUUGAAGCUAUAGAAUAUUUAUUUUGGGAUAAAAAAGAAUUGUCUAAAAAACAAAAAAAGUGCAACUUAUGAAGUAUUGGUUAGAAGAGCAAAUAUCUAAUUGCAUAUGAUUAUAAUAAAUCAUUUUGCCUGAAAUCCACAAUUUGCUCCUAUUCAUUACAUGGCAACUAGCUAAGUAUGACUUACAGUAUCUGCAAGCUUCUACUUGAAAAUGUCUUUUUCCUGCUAAGUUGUUAGAAGAGAAACUGUUGUUAUAAAAUUCUUUUUAAAGCAAAUAUCGUCCAACAUGGAAAUUUUAACGGAAUAAGCAAAUGUGACUAAUAUCACCUACAAAAGCCUUGUAUGAAGGUUUUAAGAAAAAAAAAACAAAACUCAAACAAAGAAGAGAUAAAAAAAGGAAGUGUAAUGUUGUUACACAAAUCUGAAUAUUAUCUGUCUGGAACUGUUGCAGCUGAUUCUCCAUCAAUGUGUACUAGUGUUACAAAGUGUAAAUCUUUCUAUUUGUUGCAAGCAUUAUUUUUGUUUUUCCUUGACGUAAUAAAAUUAAGUCACACUGUUAAAGCUGUACUACUGUCAUAGAUGUUCAAGGGGACCAUAAAAAAAGUCUCAUAUAUUGUUUUAUUGUUUUUUGGUAAAAAUGGAAGAAUAAAAAAACACAAAUAACUUUCAAUGACUAACAAAGAUUAUGUGACAUGCCAGGAGAGUAACUGCUAGUAACAAUAGUUCUUAAGAGAUCCAUUUUAUGACAUUUCACCUGUCAGAUAAUAUCAAAGGCCAAAAUCUAAGAUAUCUUUUUGAAACUAUGUAUAUUUUGGAAGAGAAUCAAGAGUCCACACAACCUGUAUCUUUAACAUGAAAAGGGAGAAGCAAACUCAUCUGUAUUUUAUAUUACAUACAAACUUUAAGAUCACACAUGCAAGUUUCAUCCAAGCAUGUGAACUAAAUAGCACUCCAAAUUAAAGCGUACUAUUUUUAGACAAACAAAACCAUUUAGCCUCUGCUUAAGGCUUAAUAAUUGAAAACAUGUCUUUCAAUUUACAGAAAACA